AUGGCAGUGGCAGUUGUGGCUCUUCGAUGCUUUACUCGCGGAUACAUAGUCAAGAAAUUUGGCUUAGACGACCUCUUUAUCGCCAUCGCCGUCACACUUGGAGCUGCACAAACAGUUACCAUCAUAUUACAGAUCAAACAUGGACAAGGACGACACGCAUCGGAGCUACAUGUUGAGCAGUUCGAUGAGAUGCUCAUGUACCAAUGGAUCAAUAUGUUGAUCUAUUUUGUGGCGAAUUGGACUGUUAAGAUGAGUAUCCUAGCUCUCUACUACCGAAUUGGAUAUGGCAAACAGGGUUUGCCAUGGAUCGUACAGUCACCCGCCGUAUGGACAGUAGCUGCCUUCAUGACUGCCUUCAGUUUCUCUGUCUUUCUCACCCAAUUAUUCAUCUGCACACCAGUAUCACGCGUCUGGGACAUCGAAGCUCAACCUGAUGGAUGCAUCAAUGCCGCCAUGUUCAUGGUCAUCUCGGGUGCCAUCAAUGUCGUUACAGAUAUCGUCUUGUUGAUCUUCCCUUUGCCGUUGAUCUGGGUAAUCAAGUUCAACAAGAGACAGAGAACGGCUCUAGCAGUCAUUCUCUCUAUCGGCGUCAUCCCAGUUGUAGCCAGUUCCAUGCGUCUCUGCGAGAUUGUCAUGUCUGACAGUCCCAUCAGACCAGGAAGUACUUGGCAAGAAGUGGAUUUCAGCUGGGGCUGGUCGUGGGUUCCAGUAUGGUCUCAAAUCGAAGUUGACAUCGGUAUACUUGCCGCGUCUCUUCCCUCCCUCUCUCCUUUACUUAAGCAAGUUUUCAACUGCCCUCACCGAACCGCCACACCAUCUGAAGUACCCACCAUACCAGGGUACCGGGGGAGUUGGGGGGAGAAGAACUUGGUCAGCAUCGACGACGAUGACGACCUCGAGAAGGGAACGGGUGGCGCUUUUGACUUUGAUGGGGAGAGAAGACUGACGGUUACAGAGAAGGAGAUGGGAAAGGCUAUGGAUAUGGGAAACAGUUAUUUUGAUGAUAGCAUAUCGGACGUGGGGGAGAGGGAUUCAGUCUACCCGGAAUCGAUGGGUAGGCCUAGUAUUGGCGUAACAAGGACAGCGGACGUGCGUGUUUUGACUAGAACAGGUGUGCCGAGGAUAGUAGAGUAUAAGAAAUUAUGA